AAAACUGGCAGUGAAAAACUAAAACUGGUGACUUGAACUUGCUAAAUACUAAAAACUUGAGAUAAUGGUGGACGAACAAGUGAGAACUAGGUAAGUAACUGAAAAUAGUGACUUGUAAGUGACAAUCUUGGAUAACUGAAAAUGUUAAGUUUCCUUUUAGUUGGAAAAAUAUGGAAUCUGGUAAGUCUCCCAUGAAAUUACUUAGAAAACCGUUGCUAUGGGGACGAAGCAGAUCAGCUGACGGACUCCACAACUUUGAGAGAGGACUUGGGACAUGGCAGAGAAAGUAAGGAUAUUAUUGUUUGGUUGGAGUGCUGAUAUUUAAGAGUGGAUAGUCAAUAUUUCAGUGUAAUCCUACUUUGCUUCGUGUAUAACUUGAAUAAUCAACUUAGACACAAGGGGUUCCGCCAGAUCCUCAGCUUCGCUGCCGUGCUACUGAGUGAAGAGUCGGACUUUGAAAAUAAUCCCCGUCCAGUGAGGAUCUUUUAUCAUCUUGAGGAUGAUACGCUGCGAGUGGUUGAACCCCCAACACACAACGCCGGCAUGGUUCAAGGAACGGUAGUGGGCAGACAACGAGUACCAACCAGCAUCCAUCCGUUGGCGCCUCACGUGACUCUCAAUCAUAUCUCGGCAUAUUGGAGAGUGCGUAACAUUGCUGGGGAAGCGAUAUCUAGUGACUGGCUGUGACUCUGCCACCAGAACGUACCUUUCCUCUCUGGGCUUGGCUCCCACCCCAGAUCUUAUACCCUACUCGACUACCUUCAUCCUCCCCAGCCAGGCUGGUACAGAUACUAGGGCUGCUAAGCUCCCCUUCUCGCUGGAGUGGCCCAAGAAACACCCGCUUGCGACUUUCGUUCAACACUCCACUCAAGUUCUAAGAUUCUUCGGGGAGUGGGCUGCUGAAGGGGAGGACAUGGGUGGAGUGACGACACCUGUGACGGAUAAGGUAGAACUACGGUACUAUCUCGAGGACGACACUGCAGAGGUGAGGGUACAUCAUCUUACUCCUCACCAGCACGCCCUCACUCCAACACCACCAGCUGUGCCCACCAAGCUACUGAAGCGUGCUCCCAUUCCCCAGAAUCUGUCGGAGGUUGCUGGUGCUACGUCGCUUGGGGCAAUAGGGCGACCCACCCUUAAUUUACUGGGACUGAGAGGCGGAAGAGUACAUCUGAAGGAUCGACGACCACAGGCAGCCUCCAGUCCACAGUUUCUGGGGCCUGAGGACCUCAUUCUGGGACAGACGGUGAAGGUGUGUGGGCGACUCUUGCGGCUGUGCGAGUGUGACGCCUUCACCACCAGUUACUACAAACAGGCCCUUGGUGUUGAUCAAGUGCCAGCGGAGUACCAGUACCUCAACAGGAGGAUAGGCACUGCUCCUGCCCCACGCAAGUCGCCUCUGGACCCCCGCCGCUUGGAAGAACACCCGAGAGACUCUCUUCACCCGCUACCCACUACUGUCACCACCCUCGUUGGAGGCUACCAUGCUCGGGACAUUAGGGAUGGCUGCGAGGACAAGAUUCUGCGUUUCUGCGCCCAUCUGGUCAGUGAUGAUGAGAGGGACAGAAACAGAGACUUUGUUGUCAAUUUCUACAUCUACGACUCGACCAUAUCGGUGUUCGAAUUGCCGAAAUUAAAUUCAGGGAGGAGGGCGGGCAUGUUCCUAGGACGAGGCCUGGUGGUAGCCCCUGAGGGUGGCCAUGUGGGCGUGGAUCAUCUUUAUAUGGGCGCCACACUCACUCUCAACUCCCACUUGUUUCGCCUCACCCACGCUGACGAGUUCACGCUGCGUUACAUGGAGGAACAUGCAGAUGAGUUCACGCAGGCAAGUUACAAUGUGGCGCUGGACGAAGCUCGCCGCUGUCUCGGCCACCACAAUCUCACUGCUAUUCUCCACCGUCUAGCCGAACACGAUCCUAGCAAGAAAGGCUUCGUUUCCUCUUCCCUCGUCAUCUCAUCCCUCGCUAAAGCUUUAAGCGGGUCUAAGCUGAGCGAGCAGCAGGUGGUGUCACUUGUGCGUCGUCACCGCCGCCUCAACGCCACUCCCCUUACCGGCCAGGACCUCGCCCACCUCACCGCCCUGCACCUCAAACGACACAACUACUAUGGAGUGCCGGAGAUGGCAGUGGGGCUUCGAGGUCGAGACGUGGAUAGCAAGGGUCGCCUUCCUUCCACCAGCGUGAGAGCAGCGUUACAGGCCGCUCGUCUGCCGGUCUCUAGGACUCUACUGGACGCCCUUGUCACCAGCGUCACUCAAGAAGACGGUCAGGUAGAUUAUGAGCAGCUGUGUCGUGAACUUGACUAGUCUCCGCCUAACCUACAUGACAAUCUUCCUUGCCAGCUCGACGAGUCAUCGCUGGAGACUGCACUGCGGCGGGCCAGAGACGAAACAGAUUACGUCACGCUUAUUGCAGACCUCGAGGGAAGCGCCUCCACGCAUCACUUCGCUGGGGCUGGCCUCGUCUAGCACGCCCCUGCAACCGUCCCUGCCCCUGUCACUGCCUUCUAGCUUUACUCUGUUUCACCACAUCACACUGUAUUAUCACCUCCUUGCUUCAUUCUAUCCCUUUCCUAUCUUGCUUUUAUCUAGUCUCAAUUC